AUGACUGGUGUAGUGGUGGUGGUGUCGGGCACUGCAGUCAAUGACAGGUCCUCCUCUCACCACAACUUCAAACGGGUCUCGUCUUCAGCACAACAACACGCAAAAGAACUGUUCCGAAUGAGUCCAACCAAUGGGACGAAUGGCUCGAGUCCUAUGAGUUCGUUAAGCUGUGAAUCCGAUGACAUGAUUAACGACACCAUCACUAUUGAGGAAGACGUUCUCAAUCUGACACAAAAAAUCCAGUCAUUGCAAGAACAGGUGAACUACUUGUCUGAGGGACAGAUCAGCAAUGAAGACAAAUACACGCGAGUUAAACAAGAAAACGCUAACCUAUUGACUAAAAUUCACACAUUGGAGGAACAGCUCAGAGAUAUUGAGAUCCAAAGCGACGAUCGACAUAACGAAGAGGAGAGACGUUAUAAGGAUGUGAUGGCAAGACAUGAUCGGGAAAAAUCUCAAGAAUGUGAUCAAUAUUUGAAUAAAAUCUAUGGUUUACAGCAAGAGUUAGUCGACGCCAAAGACGAGUCGCGAAAAUAUCAAAAUAUUGUCGAAAGACUUCAAAGUGUGAAAUCAGAUCUUGAAGACCAGCUCAACGAUAGGACCAUCGAAGUCGACGGCUUAAGACUUGAAGUGAACAAAUUGAGAGAAGUUGUCCGCAAACAAGAAGACGAAGAUAAUGUCAAUUGUCGUGUUAUUGAGGCCUUAAACCAAGAGUUACUCGAUAUGAAGGCUCCAAAACUGUUUGAAUCAAAGCAACGGACGAUGUCUUCGAGUGAUGACAUCGAUUUGCUAUACAAUUCAGAAAUGGAUCGACAGUUGAAAGAACUCAAAGAUGAAAACAUAGCCCUUAGAGAAGCGAAUGAAGAGCUUUCGGCACUUCUUCUCAAUAAUCGUUUAGAAGAGGGAAGAAAUCUUCUGAAAGAAGGAGAAGUGGUUUCAUCGCUGGCAUCAGAAUUGGGAACUUUUAAUUCCGAUCAGUUGCGAACGGCUCUGAAAGAACAGCAAGAAGUGAAUGUCAAACUCAGGGCAUAUAUCGAUGGAAUUCUUCUAAAUAUUGUCGAGAAUUAUCCACAACUCUUGGAAGUGAAGAAUAAAUAAUUUAUUAUUAGUUUAGUUAACAAUUGUUGCGAGAACUUAAUGCUAUGCAUAUAACGAAUCCGUCCUAACAAUCAAAUUGUGAUUAUAUUUAUAACUGAAACGAAGCCUUAAAUUACUAUUGGCUUAACUUAUUAACGAAUUUUGUGCUCAUUAUUGACAACACAUAUCAAUUGUAAACUUAUUAACCAUUUUGUUAUUUUGACAAAACAAAGUGAUUGUAUCACAAAUUGUUACAAAUAUUAACUUUAUUUAUAGACAUUUAAUGAAUUGAAUCAUCAUUUGCUCUAUUUUUCAUCGAUAG